AGCAAAUCGCACGGUUGUUAUUAUUAUCGUGUUUACUACGAACAAUGCAGUUCAAUUUGCUCAUUCGUGAUGACAGGAAUCGAUUGACUAAAAAAAAAAUCAGUGAUAGAGUGACCUAAGAGAAUGACCAACUUUCGUAGGCUUCAAAUGGGACUACUAACGAGAAAAAAAGACGCUCUACCAUCCUGCGAAGAAAUUGAAAUGCAGAACACGAUAAGCCUCGAACCGUUAGGAUUGAAGGAUGUGGUCGACUUACUGCAACACCAUUAUGCAAUUAUCUCAGGUGGCAAAUCAAACGAUGGCUGUCCAAUCAUAACUUUUCCCGAUAACAAUAAUUUUCAAAUGCUUUCGGAUGUCGAAUAUCAGCGCCUAAUGUUGUAUUUAACUUCAGUGCCUACGCUUCAAGAGGCAGAUAUGGGCUUCCAUUUAGUGAUAGAUAGACGUAAGGACCGAUGGAAUUCAGUGAAAGCAGUUUUACUGAGAAUAUCGGUAUUUUUCCCAGGACUUAUACAUGUAGUUUAUGUAUUACGACCGGCCAGUUUUCUUCAAAAAGCAUUAUCUGAAGUUAGCAAUAAAUUAUUUAAAGACGAGUUCAAGUUUCGUAUGAUUGUACUUAGCACUGCCGAAGAAUUACAUGAAUACGUAAAUCCCCAUCAACUAACAUACGAUUUGAAAGGAACAUUGGCGUAUAACCAUCAAGAUUGGAUAAAUCAACGAAUAGAAUUAGAAAAUUUCAAUUCUCUAACUCAACAAGUAUCGAACGCUUUAGACGAUUUCACCAAAUCAGUUGACGAAACGGAGCUUCCGAAUGAUGUUGAUUCAACUCAGGAUUUAUUAAUAAAACAAAAUGAAUCUUAUUCCGAUCUUAAAAAAGAAAUUUUAUCUGCAGCCAAAAUUGGAGAGUCUUUACUGAGCAGUAUUAAAGCCAAAAAUUCACCUGAUACCGAUAGUCCGGUUCCCGAUAUGAUCGGAAACGUUUUUGCAGUCGAACGAUUGCUGGUUCAAUUAGAAGAAACUGAAAAAACAUUCGAUGGAUUCUGGCACCAGCACUCAACAAAACUACGCAACUGCUUAGAACUGAGACGAUUUGAACAGAACUUUAGAGAACUCCAAGUAAAUUUUGAUUUAGCUUUAAAAACAGUUUCUGAUAUGACAGAAUUGGGCGAAACAGUUGCCAGGGUGGACACUCUAAUAAAAGAAACUAAUGGUUUCGAGAAGCUGUGUCAAGGUGAUAUUCAAAGGGCUGAAGAAGCUAUAUCAUUAGGUCAAAUGCUUAUGCGAGCCAAAAAAUCAUGUCCUAUAGAGAGUGUAGAACCAAAAUGUAGUGAAUUACUUCGAAUGAAAGACAUGUUACUUACAAGAUUGUCGAAAAGAAAAGAAAUGCUGUUCAAGAGCAGAGAACUGAUGGAAAGAGUGGAAGAGGCUAACACUUGGUGUACAACUGGUAUCGACUUGCUAGCAUCCCAAAAAAUUGAACAAUGUUCAAAUUCGCCUGAUUUGGCGAAAAAAUGUAUAAGUGAAAUUCGAAAUUUCGAAAUUACCGCCAAAGAAUUUAUGUCUAACGGUCAGAGGGACUUUAAAGACUUAUUUCAAGACACAGUUACGCCAGAGACCAAAGCUUUAGCAAUACAGGUAUUGCAAAGGACAGACGACGUGAAGCUAAUGUGUGAUAAAAGGAUGGCUAGCUUGGUGAAAAUAGCUGAGAAAAAUAAAAGGCCAGUACAGCAUGUUAUGCCUGAAGUGGCAGUUCCUAGGCAGCCGCUUGUUGGUGCUCCUCAGCCAGUUAAGGGUUUUUUGAAGAAAGGAAUCUCAAAGGUUGAUUCCACAUUAGAACCGGAACCGGAAAUCGUCCAAAACGAGUCGAAACCUUCUCCAGAAAAUGACGAAAUUGCUAAAAUUAAGAUUGGACAUGUCUUGGGGGAAUUGAUCGAUUCUGAAAGAUUGUAUGUCUCUGAAUUGUUAUCCAUUAUAAAGGGAUAUAAACACGAAGCUCAACAAGAAGAACACCAGCAUUUAAUUCCUCCCAACGCAAGCAAAAAAUUUGAUGUGAUUUUUGGAAAUUUGGACGACAUUUAUGAGUUCCAUUCUGUUUUUCUGAACGAUUUGGAAAAUUGUAUCUCGUCCUCCGAGCUGGUGGCUUUGUGUUUUGUUCAGAAGAGAGAGAAAUUGUACACGUUGUACAGUCUAUAUUGUCAAAACCUGGCACAUUCUGAGAACCUUCGAGAAAUUUGCGCCGACCUAACGCCGUUCUUUCUUGUGUGCCAAAAAAAAUUAGGCCAUAAGCUGCCAUUAGCGGCCUAUCUUCUGAAACCCGUCCAAAGAAUCACUAAGUAUCAACUGUUAAUAGGCCAUCUUUUAAAAUAUUCAGAAGGAGAUGCAUGCUGCAAAGAAUUGCAACUGGCAUUGGAUUGCAUGCUCAAAGUACUCAAAUGUGUCAAUGACUCCAUGCAUCAAAUAUCCAUUACAGGACUUCCUGAGGACCUACCACAACUAGGUGCAUUAUUACUGCAAGGAUCAUUUUAUGUAUGGUUCGAAAAUAAGAAGGAGUUAAGACUGAGACUCAAACCAAAGAGGAGGCAUCUAUUCCUAUAUCAAAACUACUUGGUAUUCUGUAAACCCGUAUCUAAGGCUGACAGAAAUAAGGCUACGUACCAAUUUAAGAACUAUCUGCAUAUGGCAAAAAACGGUUUAACCGAAACGGUUAAGGGAGAUACUAAACGAUUCGAAAUUUGGUCGAAAGGCAGGCAAGAAGUUCAUACAAUCCAAGCAGCAAAUAUGGAAGAGAAAAAAGCUUGGGUUGAUGAAAUUAAAAGAGUUUUAUACAUCCAACUUGAAGAAAUCAAAGGACAGAAAAUUAAGCAAUACGCUGCAGUCGUGCAUCGGCCUCUUAGACAAACCACCUCCUGGGACACUCAAAAAUCCAUGUCAUCCGUAAGUGAAGCGCAACCAAGGGCUAUGAGUUGCGACAAUGAACCUCAAGGCAAUCAUAUCGAUGACGGGGUAGAAUCCCACGAAGCUGGAAACUGGUCUUCCGAUGCUAGUAACAGUGAUGAUGAGGAACAUACUGCUUCGAGAAGUCGAUAUCUAGCCCUGGCUGAUUACUGUGCGAUUGGAAGUAGUGAAGUAAAUAUGCGGGAAGGUGACAUUGUUGAACUUCUGAAAGUUGGUUGUGCUGGAUGGUGGUUUGUUAAAGUUGUUGGCAGUUCUGUUGAAGGUUGGGCACCAGCAGCCUAUUUAGAAAGCCUUAGUCGUAAAGCUUUUAAAGGCAGUAGCAGAAGUCAGGAUACGUUAAAUGAGCAGUAGUGAUCAGUCAAUUAAAGACAUUUUUUGUGUAUAGGUAUAGUGAUAUUUUAUUUGUUUUUUAUCUCAUAAGGUUUAUUUAUUUUUUACGUUGCGCGCAUAGAUAGUCAUAACCGUAUACUUAUAGCUGUUUUUUAGUGUCAAUAAUGUUUUUUUUUUUGUGGGAGAGUUCUUCAAAUAUCAGCUUACAUAAAAAUGAUAUAUUUGCCAUUUAAUAUAUCUUUUUGCCUUUAAUGUAGUGAAUAAUCCCUAUACAAUUAAUACUAUGUUUGAAGAUUUCUAACAAAUGCUCUACUUAUUAAUUAAAGUUUGUAAGUCUUGUUAAUAAUUGUACUGUUAUGUUACAUUUUUCUUUGUGAAAAAUUAAAUGGUUUUUAAGGUGAAAUAUUUUAAAAAGCACAUAUCCAAACACGAAAUUAUUUUCAAUCGAAAAUAAUUGGCUGACCAGGUCAGAUGUAGUUUUCAGUAUUCCUAUUUUAAUCAUUUUUGUGUGUUAAGUAGGUAGAUAUAGAUUUUCGUAAACAGGAAAAUCACUUCAAUAUGUACUAAAAAAUUCUGUCAAUGGGGUACUUGCAUGAAAAAUUGAAUUGAUAGCUGUCUAAGGUGAUUUAUCCUAUUUAAGAUUAUCUGUACCUACAAAAUAUAAUUUAUAAUUUAGAGUACCUAUUAUUGAUUUGAUGCUAUUUAUUGAAAUAAUGGAUCUGUUAAGGCCCAAAUUAAAUCGCCAAUCCGAAUUGAAAUAAACUCUACAUUUUCCUAGUGACACUGUGCCUUUUGAAACGCCAAAUUUAGUACAAAAAGUUGUUUGUUUCGCUGGUUAUAGUAGUUUUCGUUCUCUUUAUUUCACAUAGGUUUUGGCUUGAAAUAUUUAAACCCUACACUUUAGUGAGAUACGGUGGUUGAGCUGAAUUUGAGCACCUUAUUUCAUGGGUAAGGAGGCUUAAAUCGGCCGUAACUGAUCGUAUUUUGCCCCAUCCCGACGGAGUGAAAUUUUGUUUAUCAAUGUAUCUGAAUAUAUUUUUGGCAGGUUUUGGACAGUUCCUAAAUUUGCUAAUUCAGAACACUGGGUUAAUAUGAAACUCAAACACGAUAAUCGCCAAUAAAUAAAUAUUCCAUCAUAUUCUUCGGCAAUAAAAUUUUAAUAAAUAUUUAUUCGCUUUCAUCAUUAUUGAAGGCUAGCUACCUAUUUUUAUUGGUAUAUAAAACACUGUAUAGGUAUACGUAUUACGUAUAGAGUGUCCAGAAGAGGUUGAAUUUUAUUUCCUUAUUGGGAAAUACAUAAAUUAUUUAAAGGGUUCGUAUUUUACUAAAAAUAUGAAAGACGUGUCCUCCUUGGGUUUUUGUUCAAGUUUUUCAUGACAUUUUGACAAAUAUUGGAAUCUUUUAAGGCGCGUACAGAUACAUCGAACGAAGGUGAACGAAUUCGACAAAUUCGCAAGAAUUUUUUCGGCGACGAUAAAAUAUUCGCUUUCUUGUCCACAUUGAACAAACGAACGCAAACAAAUUUUUUCGUUGCUGUUCAUUUAUUUUCGCCGCAGCCGUGAAAAUUCAACGAAUAAUUUUCCGUACAACUGUAAAUACGUACACACUAUAAAUAGACCGAAUUCUGUGGUGAUUAGUUAAAAGGUCUUAAGUACAUUUUGUCGAUGUCUGGGAAAAUGACGUUGAAAUUUUGACACUUUUUGACAAGGUCCUGCACUAAUUAAAUUUUGAUUUCAUAAAUUAAGGAGAAAAAUAUAGUUUCAGUUUAUAUUAGAGGUAAUGUGAUGAAAUAAAUUUUAGGCAUCAAAAACAAGCAGAUAAUUAAAAAAGUCGUAAGUUAAAUCCUUCUUAUCAACUAAUAUUACAAAAAACUAUUUAGUAAAAAACGCAUAUGUCUACAUGUUAUUUAUAAAAAUACCUGCCCACAUAACAGUGAAAGAACAUUCAUAUUCUCAGAAUAUUCCCUCAAAGUGCUUUUUGGAAUGUUCUUUUAGGAAUGUUUAUUGAAUAUUUUAAGAUUGUUUCGAUUGAAAUAUUCAUUUUUGAACGUUCUAUUUAUGUACUAGGAAUAUUGCUUCUAUGCACCUACCUGAAAGAUUGUGCUAAGAACCUACUUCAUAUAACAAUCUUUGAAUAUUGUCAUACGAACAUUAUUAUAAUGUACCCUAAAAAAUGUUCUUUCGGCUAAUAUCUCUAUCAAGUAUUAGGAAUAUACCUACCAAGUUGUGCUGAGAAGUUUAUGUAGGUAGGUAACCAUGAUAAGAAUAUUUUCAUAUUGUUCACCUAAUUAUCUGAAGUACCUACUCAAAAAUCAUAAUUUAACAAUUAAACAAUAAUGCUCUAUCUAGAACCUACUAAGAAUAUUAUAGGUAUAUUCUUUUCCUUUUGCCUUGUAGGACUUCCAAGAGAGGGAGCCACGCGCUAUUAAAGAUCUACAUUAAGGUAAGCCUCGCGUUUGAAUCACCUUGGAACCUGUUUCUCUCAGUUGGCGUGCUUCGACGAGAGCAUAACAAGCUCGAAACCGGAGCUUUGGUUAAAUACUUGUGUUUUCCAGAAAAGUUUUCCAACAACUCUUUCACUGCCUUUAAUAUAAAAGGGCUGAAAGGAGCAUUAUUUGGAAGCGAAAAUUAACAUUCCAAGUAUAUCCUUAGAAUCAACCAAGAAUGUUAUGUCUAGAAUGCAUAUUGAGAAUGAUAAAUGUAGAUAUAUUCUAAGAAUAUUUCAAGCAUAUUGGUAUAAUAUUCUUUUAAGAACAUAACUAUAAUUUCAUAGAAACAUUCUUUGAAUUUGAGAAUACCUAUACAUAUCGAGCAUAUUUUUAGAAUCAAACAGGAAUAUUCUUUUCAGGAUGUACUGAGAAUCUCAUAGAUAUAUUCUAGGAAUAUCCUAAUGGAUUUCUCAGGAAGUUCUUGGGUAUUGCAAACAGUAUUUCUACAAUCUUUUCUCAGAACAUUCUCAGAACAUUCUCAGGACAUUCGCAAUGGUUUUGGCGAACAUUCUAGGCACAUUCCUCCUAAAAAAAGAAUAUUCUUAAUACAUUCUAAGGAUGCAAUUUUGUUAUGUGGGUGGAAUGCAGUAAAAAUGAAAUAAGUUUACUUAUUUCCAUAGAAUAGACUGCAGGCUGCCCACUAAAAAAGGCAUAAGUCGACAAAUUUCUAUAAAAAAUUACCUACUUUGUUGUCUGGUAAUAAUGAAAUAAGUUAACAUAUUCCACCAAUAGGUACAUUCUUCUAAUAAAACCUCUUUGAUAUUUUUUCCAUUUUUAUUUUGGAAAUUAUUUUAUAUGAACAAAUCUUUUAAGCAGUAAUAAAAAAUAAGCAUCUUGUGGCUGUAUUACAUUGCAGCUAGCCAAAGUAAUUAUUUAAUUUGAAUCUUCAUCAGAAAAAUAUCUGUCAAUAUCUGGGUCAGUGUCUUUCUCUAUUUUUUUGUCUGUUUUAAGCUCCUUAUAAAAAUGUUGGACGUCUUUAUCUAAUAAUUCCACAAUCUCUAAAAGAUUUUGUUUUUUUUGGUGACUUAUAGUCUUAGGACCAUCGCACAAAGGAGUAAGAACAAAGUCCUUCAAAGCAUUAAUUUUCUGGCCCUUUCUAAAAAACGUAAUUUCUUUGAAUGGUUCCUCUUCCUGUAAAGUGUUUUUGAAAUUGACUAUGCCAGUAUUAUUUUUUUUGUAUCUUAACCAGUUCGCAUUUCUCAACUUAAAGUCUGCUUUCUUUUGCAGAGGUCCUUUGGCAUGAAUACUUGAGAAAAGAAAAAAAUGUUCGUUUUCCAUAGGAUAAACUGUAAAUUUUCCUUCCUUGCUAGCAUUUCUUACAAGUUGGUACCAAUCUUGCACGUGAAUUUCCAUAGAGGAUUCUUUUUGGCUCUUUCGAUCACAGAAUGAUCUACGUCGCACUCUAAAUGCGUGUGACCUGGAACCAAGAACUUAUGAUCUAUUAUUUCGAGGGUGCUAUGCGAUAAAAUUGCAUGAACAUAGACACAACAAUCAUAUUUUUGUUUUGCCCACCACACGUAUCAGAAUAAAACACAACGUGUUUUACUCCAUCCGGAAUUAUUUUUAGAAAGCGGAAAAGGCAGGAAGAUAUUUCAUUUGCACCUCUGCCAGCGGUACAUUCUGGCCACAUAAAGUGACUGGAAUUUCCAUUGAAGCUGUUGUGUAUUGUCAAGUUGUAAGUUGACAGUUGCCUCAAAUAAAACAUUUUGUUUGUUGUAAGAUACGGGGUCGGCAGAACCUGUUGAAGAUCAAAAGAGUAAGUGAUAAAAUUUUGAUUUUGCUUACUUUUUUCUUUAUCUUUUGACUUAGCCUUAUAAGCAUCAUCAGCAGAUUUUUGAUGAGACUCUAACUCUUGACAGAUUUUGCUUUUUGUUUCUGUAUCCGUCUCAUGCUUUUCACGAGCAUGUAGUGUGUCACAUUUCGUACAUGUGUCGUUUUUAGGCAUCUUAAAUUUAAGAUCAAAACUAUGAAAGAUUCGGGAAUAUAUGUUCAUUGAUACAGGCUUGUUGGGAUAUUUCUCACAAUAUAACUUGUACAUAGUUGCAAUAUUUAAGUUUGAAGGUAAGUAUUUUUUAUCAGUGUGUCUAUUUCAGAAUGAAGUUCUUCUAUAAUAAAAAAAUCUUCUGUAUUUUUCUUAAUGUUUUCUUGAUCUAUUCCAGAAUCAAGUUCUAGAAUAAGAAGAUCUUCUUUAUUCUUAUUAAUAUUUCCUUGAUCUAUUUCAGAAUGAAGUCCAUCCAUAAUAACCGGUUGAAUGUCAUCAAUCAGUAUAUUUUCAGAAAAAUUUGGCUUCUCUUUACCAAUUUUACUUUCUGCCUGGUAUUCAUCAAAAAUAUUAUUUUCAAUUUCCUGAAUUUCAGCUUCUGUUUGAAUUAUAUCCUGUUGCUGUUCUUCCAUGUUUUGAUUCUCUAAGUCAAUAAUUAUAGGUUGUGCAGUUAGGUCGUUUCUACCUAUUUCUGCAUUAUUAACCAAGUUGCUUUGGGUUUCUCGUAUUUCAUUUUCUUGCUCUUCGUUUGUUUGAAAACUUGUUUGUUCAACGUUUUUAUGUCUGUCCUCACAAUAGCUUGAUGAAUUCCUCCUAAUACCAAUACCUGAAAUAAAAAUCGUCGAAAACUGCUAUACUAGGAAAUCACACACCCAACGUUACCCUCUUCCAGUUCUUUUAUUCCAAAGUUAAGUAUGUCAUUAGAAGAGCUGUUGAAUAAUGUGCUGCAUUCAAAGGCCACAGAUUGUAGUUGGGAUGAUGUUUCAUUAUUUUCAUUAUAAUUUGAUAACCUCGCUUUUUUAGCUAAAGAUAAAAAUAAUAAACUAAGUUAAUUUUGUUAUGUUGUUGCAAUAUUGUUAAAGAUGGAUCCAUUCAAAGAUUGAGACCAUGCGCUAAAGAACAUUAUUCUUUUCAAGGACACCAUUCAUCAUACAUACAAAAAAUAUACUAAAUUCAUGUUGGAAAUAGUCUACCAAAACAUAUCGAAAUAAUAAGUAAAUAAUUUCAAUUACCUUUACAUUCAUUUUCAUUCACAAAAUUAGUCUCAUGUGAAUUUCCAUAUGAACUACACGGUUUUGUUUCCAAACCUGUACUCUGGGUAUCUUCUGAUGAUGGGAGAUUUCUGCAGGCUGCUAAAAUUCUUGCAGUUCUUCCACCUCUACACCUUACCAUUUUAGAUACUUUUUCAGAAUAUAAAAAGUAAAAAAAAUACAAAAAUCAAGAGCUGAGCUAACGAAGUUGCCGAUACGCUCGCGAUUGGCGUAAUGAUUGAUAGGUUAUUGGUAAACUUCUUCUGUCAAAAUAUUUGGCGGGAUUAUUGUACUAAUUCAAUUAAAUUGGUAUAAGUAUACAUAGGUAUUCAAAUCGUACUAAAACAUUUUCAAUUGAUUAAAAAGUCAUAUGUAUACAUGAGUUUUAAUUUUUCAAUAAAGUUUUGACAUAAGUGCACAUAUUCCUUUUUAAUCAGUCAGUCUCAAUAAAAAGGGAAUAUGUAGACUUAUGUCAAAACUCUAUUUAAAAAAUGGAACUCAUGUAUACAUAUGACUUUUUUAUUGUUGGUAUGAUAUAAUGUUUGGGUUGGUUGGUCAUUAUAAGUUUAUUUAAGACUUUUUAACUGAAUCAUAUCAGAAAUUUUAAGACAGAGAACGAUUUUUGACCCAAAUUUUAUAAGGUUUUUAGGACAAGUUCACUUAUUUCCUUUUAAUCGUUCGAAUCUAGAAUAAAUAUGCAUUACCAAUAACUCAAAACAGCCAAAAAGUGACUUAUGACCUUUUAACUAAUUACCACAGGAAUGAAUUCGGCCGAAUUUUACCGCAUUGUAAGCAAACCCUUGCGAAGGCGAACGAAUGCAUUCGAUAGCGUUUGUUAGUAUGUACACACUAAAUGUUCUUCCGCCUUCGUUCGCUGUAUCUGUACGCGCCUUUAGGCUAAUUAGCUUAAAAUUCGCUUCUCAAAUCGUUCAAGAAAAAACCUAAAUCUCCCGAUUUCGACAGGCUUGAUGUUACCAAAUGGAGUAACUGCAUGAGAAUAACGACCUUUGAUUUUUGAUUAUAGUUUAGAGUAAUUGUAUGUUAUCGUGUUUCAAUACCGACCACGCAGGGCUGUAAUAUCAUUACCAGCGUCAUCUUGACAGCAGAAACUGCAGAACUGUCGGAUCAUUUCGUUAUACCAAACAGUAAGUUCCUGAGGGUGGAUUGGUUUCUCAAUAAUUAUUUCAUCGGGAUUUUCAUGGCUCAUUGAAAAAUACAACUGCUUUUCGAUUCAGCAUCCAACAAGCAGAACUAUCCUGAAAAAGGUCUUUAGGAUUUAGUUCCUGGAAUAUUCCUGAUUGUUUAGUCGAGUAAAUACAAGUCUAUCUAAAAUCGAAGAAUAUAAAGACUUUCUCGGUCGGCAAAUCUGAAAACGUUUCUCUCGUUUCGACUACUGCUAUGCGGUAGACAUCGAGCCUCCGGAUUCUAUUUUACGAGUCGAAUCGAAAUUCGUAUCGAAUUGCCAAAAUAGCGAUUCUAUUUUUCGAUUUUUCGAUUUCUUACUCGAUAUCGAGUGUCAUAAUGCAAUCCGACUCGACUCGUAAAAUAGAAUGGGCUCUUUCACUAAUUUUUGAAAUUGGCAUAUUUGGAUAAAGCAACUAAAAACAGAAUUUUCUGUAUUUUUACUUUUGAAAAAUUCAUAGUCUUUCUUGAGAAAACAGAAAAAUAAUAAAUACCUCCAAAUAAAAACCCAGAAUUUAUUUCUAUGACGUCGCAGCUCGCAAUUUGGCCGUGUUGCCACUAAUUGUCAACAUUGAAAAUUUGUAAUAGAUUUAAUUCUGAAAUGUUGGAAAAAUAUCAUAAAAAGUAGUUCAAUUAAUUAAUUAUGGAUUCAAGAUUUUAUAACAUUUUUUUUGAAAUUAUGCUUAAAUACAAUUUAAUACAAUUUUUUAUGUUUCGUUUUAUUUUAUUUUUUUACGCUGCACUACAUUCAGUCACAACCGACAACAGCGCAUUCGAACCUUUACGUAUACUUGCUGUACUUUUACAGAGCGCAACGCAGCCGAGCCGGUCAGCUUCUUGCAACAACAUGAGCGAAAUGGAAAAUAUUUAUGUGACGUCAGCGAAUCGGCGCGUUUUAAAUCAGUUUGAAUUUGGCAAUUUUCAAAUGCCUGUAAAAAACUUAUUUAACCUUGUAGAACAUUUUUUUUUGGUAUAUAUGCCUAAAAUAGUCCCUCCUUUGGGAUUUUAUACUUAAAUUACGUAUUUAAAUUUUAGUGAAAGAGCCCAUUCCGCUGCUGUAGAGGCGGUGUGGUCUGGCGCUAAUUGCAGACUGCUAUCGAAUUUAUUAGCUCUUUUCAGUGCAGUAUAAGCGAAAGCAUACUAACCCAGAGAAACAGGAGAUGCAUACGAUAAGAAUGGUAUAAACCUUUAAUAGGGUGUGGCUCCAUCUCUUCGAAGCAAAAACCAAAAACAACCCGUUUGGAGUUGAACACUUAUGUUUUUCCGAAGAAAAACUUCAACUUCUUUGGUCAAAUUCCACAGCUGCCAAGAAAAAUUUAGGGUGUAAAUAUUUCAAUCUAAACCUUGGAAAUGUUUGGCAAUAUAUUCACAGCCCUGCCAUUAAGCAAUAUGUUUAGCAAGCCUAGCAGCCAAAUUUUGAUUUAGUAUUGGAAGAAUUGUAAAUUAUCCCAAAUUCCUACCUACAAAAUGGUGAAUAUAGGUAUGUAUAGAAACACCAUUACUUAUGUCAUUACUGCGACCCAGUAUUGUAGUAUUUAGAAACAAAACACCAAUAGUUAAGUAGGUAUAAAACCCAAAUCGAAUCCUGAAAUAGCAAUAAUAAUGCAAGCUAGUUUAUUAUUUAUUUAAAAGGCUAUAAGCGGUUGUAUAUAACAUAAUAAUUAUCUAAUAUUUGUAUCUAUUAGGGUCAGUAAGAAUAUGCGCAGAGGAUUUGAUAUGAAAUGUCAGUAUUUAUUUCGAACCAGUCUAAUUUACGAUUUGUGCUCAAAAUUAUAAGAAAAAGUGACCAUCGAUCGACAAUUCAACAUUUGACAAGCUCAAUUUGAAUUACUUUUCAUUACUUCUAAUGUAAAAGGACAGCAUUGUAGAAAAGGGAACUUGCUAAUAUAUUAUUUA